AUGUGUUUUGCAUUUAUUGUUUUUCCCAGAGCUUCCAAAGAAUCCACCCUGAGACGAAAAAGGAAAAGGUCAGAGUCAUCAGAAAGCAGUUCAUCUGACUCGGACAGUGACAGUGAUAGCGACAGCUCUUCAGAUAACUCGUCCUCUAGUGACAGUGAUUCAAAUUCAAGUUCAGAUUCUAGUGACAGUAGCAGUGAUAGUGACAGUUCUAGCAGUAGCAGUAGCAGCAGUUCUGAAGAUGAACGACCACGGAAGAAAAGAAAAUAG